AGGGACAGGAAAUAUGAACAGAGCCGGGCAGAGCCCGCAGCAGCACCGCCAGUUAGGCCACGGCUGCCCGGCUCCGUGGGAGCAGAUCGAAGCGUUUGCUUCUCUCACCAACCCCACUGUGACUUCCCAGGGCUUUGGGAGCCGCGGCUCCCGCACCAACAGGUUUUGAAGGAUUGGCAUCGCUGCUGCCUUUGGGAGCAGCUCUGCAGAGGUUGUUUUCCUCCUUUCUCUUCCUGCUCUAUUUCCUACGAUGGGUUUGUUGCAAAAGAUUCUCAUCCCCGUUUUGGGACUGGUUUUGGCCUUCUGUUUUUAUUCGUCGAGGGAGAAUUUCAGACCUGAGAUGCUGAAAGGGAAGCGUGUGAUCGUCACUGGAGCGAGCACCGGCAUCGGGGAGCAGAUGGCGUAUCACCUGGCACGGAUGGGAGCCCACGUCCUGGUCACAGCGCGGACGGAGGCGAAGCUGCAGCAAGUAAAUGGCAAGCUGGGCACUCACACAUGCACACACAAACACAGGAAGGCCAACCUCACAUCACAGGUGGUGGAGCGGUGCCGGGCGCUGGGGGCCGGCUCAGCACGGCUGGUCAGCGGCAGCAUGGAGGACAUGGCCACCACCCGGCAGCUCGUGGAGGUGGCCGAGGCCGAACUGGGAGGCCUCGACAUGCUGAUUCUUAACCACGUCGGCAAGUCGUACUUCAAUUACUUCGAUGGGGAUGUUGGGCACGUCCAGAAGCUCCUGAACAUCAACUUCCUGAGCUACGUGGCCAUGACAGUCUCUGCCCUACCCAUGCUGAAGCGGAGCGGGGGCAGCAUCGUGGUGGUCUCCUCCAUGGCAGGUAAAGUUGGGUUUCCCUUUACGGUCCCCUACUCUGCAACUAAGUUUGCCCUGGAUGGAUUUUUCAGCUCCCUGAGGCAGGAAUUCAACAUCCAGAGCGUUAACGUUUCCAUCACACUCUGCAUCCUUGGCUUCAUUGACACUGAGAACGCCAUGCGUGCGGCCGCCGACGUUCUCCUGAUGUCCCCGGCUCCCAAAGAGGAGUGCGCCCUGGAGAUCAUCAAGGGAGGAACCCUGCGCCAGCGCGAGGUGUAUUACCGCUACGCAUCCACCAAACUGCCGCUGCUGCUGCGGGAUUGGGCCGCCGAGCUGCUGGAUCUGCUGGUGCGGCAGCGCUACCGCCCCGAGCGGCUGCGGGCGGCAUGAGCCGUGCCGAGCUGCGGGCAACGGCACCGCCGGGCCGACAGCCGCCUCUGCUGGCCGCAGCCGUGCCUGCAGCCCUCCCCGUCAGUUACCUUUAAUAACCGCCUCGCUCCGAGAGGAGCCGGCUGGGACCCCCGGCUGCGACCCCCGGCUGCGCUGCGGGAGGCGGCAGCGCGGAUUCCGGCAGCUGCGCCCUUCGUGCUUGGAAGCAGCCAUCGUGGUUGGAGCCGUGCCCUUCCCCAGACCCGGGAAAAGCAGUAACUAACAUUAUUAAGUGCAGCUUACUAACCUUGAUGUGCGCUCUGUGGAUUUGUGUUGUUUUGUUUUUAAUCUCUUUUUUCAUUACUAAACGCUGCUGCAAACGGGCAUCACUCCAUUGACUUGCCUUUCUUCGAUUAUUGAAUAUUGUAAUAAACCAUUAUUUCAUUGGAA